AUGACAUUUGUAGACGAACAACCAAAGCGACAGUCCGCUCCACAACACCGAUAUUCCCAGCAGCAGCAACAACAACACCAACAACAACAAGAACAACAACAACAACAACAACAACAACAACAACAACAACAACAGCAACAGCAACAGCAGCGCGGAUCAAUUAUCAGCACAACUGCUCCCACAGUCACCGCCAACAGAAACUCGGGGUACAUCCCACCGCCACCACCAGGCCAGCGUGUGACCUCUUAUGUUGGAGAUGGAGGAGCGCAGGACCAGUACCAAAACGACUCGGGGUCACUCUCGUCCUCGACCCGCAGACUCCUUAGCUCAACCGACUCUUCUCCACGCUCAGACUAUGAUCACGAUGUCGACCCCUUCCAGUCUACAGGCCCAGGGGCGACAGGAGGUGAUAGGAAGGGAGGUGAUGGACAAGUUGUUCUGAACAUGAGCACGAUGUCGCAGCCCCCGCCUGGUUACCGUGCAAGCAUGCUUUCUACAGGACCCAUAAUCAUCGACCCCAACAACAACAACAUCAACACUAGCAGCAGUAUUCUCAACAAUACCCAUAACUAUGAUAUAGAUGAGCGCCGUUGUAGGAUCUGUCUUGAAGGCGAGGAUGACGAUUCUAUUAAGAGUACCAACCAGGACCGCAGCCACCGUCAUCACCGCCACAACCACAGCGAUGAAGAGGAUGAAGAGUCCGCGAAGAAUCGUUUGAUCUCCCCCUGCCUCUGCAAAGGGUCGACCCGAUACAUCCACCUGGGUUGCCUCGAACAAUGGCGGACCACUUCCUCCCAUCGCGAGAACUUUUAUCGCUGCGAGAUUUGUCAUUACAAGUACUCCUUCCGUCGUCCUUGGGCUGCUUCCAUCCUCGGCAGCAAGUGGUUCCUCCGUGUCACCACCGUCCUGAUUGUCAUCUUGCUCGCUUACGCCUUUGCCUGGAUCGGUCGUGCGAUUGACUCGAAGGGCGCCUGGCACUGGAAAAGGCAGUUCAUGCCUGACGGCGACUUUCCGCUGAACACAGUGUUGGGAUUGGAUUGGAUGGACGUCAUUUGGGGUGUGCUGUUCACGACGGGGGCCGGGUUCGUGAUUGUGAUUAUCGGGUUGCUGGUUGGGAUGGUCAUGUCGUUGUCGUGCUGCUGCAGUGAUAAUGAGAACGAGGACGGCGAAGAGAAUACGGGUGGAUGCUUUGAUCAGUCGUGUGGUUGGGGGUACUGUGGUUGUUAUUGUGGUGAUUGUGGAGGUGGAGGUGGAGGCGAGUUUAUGAUUGUAAUGGUCCUUGUUGGCAUCGUCUUGGUCGGACUCUUUCUUGUGUUUGGCGGUGUGUACAAGUUGGUCUCUCAUGUCAACAAGCGCGUGUUGAAAACCAUGAAAGAGACCAUCCUCGAGGUCAAGUAA